AUUUACAAAAGGAUUCGUUUCUGGAAAUGUUUGGCGCUUUUCUAUUUGAACAUCUUCGUCGCUAUGGCUACGAAGAACUUAUCCGAAACCUGGCCAACAAUGUCCUGGAAUUCCUACAGAAUAUGGAUUACGUGCAGUCUUACCUCAAAGAAGAGUAUCAAGAUUACGUCAUGCCUCAUUUCCGGUGUGACGACGACUCGGUAUCAGAUAGAAUGAUACUCCAUUACUUUUCAUACAGACCAGGAUAUCGACAAAUUGUAACUGGAUUUAUCAGAGAAGCUGCGAAGUCUUUGUACAAAAUGGAACUCCACAUAGACAUACUUUCUACAACUGAAGAAACUGUAUCUUCGAAUCAACAUGGAGUCAGAGAGCACGUGACUUUCAGUAUCGUUGCAAAGCAGAUACUGGAUAAAGUGAAUGACCCUCCGCCGACUUUCAUCGCUCAAACUAAGAAGCAUGGCGAGCAACAAAUACUUCAAGGGGAUGUUGAAGCUGUUAAAAAGAAAUUAGAAGAAAUAAAGAAAGAAUUUGGAGAAGAAGCAUUGCCCGUCGCAAAAUACAAAAGUAGUAGAGCAAAAUGGCGGGCAAUAGCCAGAAUAAGUUUACUGAGCCGUGGAUUUGUGCCAAACUAUCCAGAGGAAAUCCCGAUAAACCCACGCAUGUUUAUCGAGGUUUUUCCAUACCACGUGAUUUUUAAUACCAGUAUGAAGGUUCAUCAGUCGGGAAUAAGUAUUCAACAGUUGAUGCCAAGUAUCCGGAUUCGCUCCUCGGAAAUGAAGGACUACUUCCUAUUGCGAUACCCGCGGUGUACGGAUCUGACUUAUGAUAACAUUCAACGGUUCAUAAGGUCACCGUUCAUUCUGGAAUUACGCCGAGAAAGGAUGCAAAAGACUUGGACAAAGCGACCUCCUCUGUUAAUAAAAGGACAAAUGUUUCAUUUAAGGGAUAAAGGAUUCGUCUUUUUCGUGGCUUCUCCCUACAUAAGGGCCUGGGAAGACCUCGAAUCUAGAACGAUGAGACUGGCUGACCUUCCAAUGUGGGACGCCACUAGAGAUUUCCUGCUGUCGGAUAUGGCAUUUCGCGUCGGGUCAGGACAGUAUUACGGUCAUUUCUUCCUCGACAACAACUCGCUCAUCAACGCUGGUGAAAUGAUGAACAGGAUGGGUGACGACGAUAAAGACGAUGGUAAUGAAAAAGAAAUCGGAAACGUCAGGACAAAAUGGAUCCGGGUACAGCGAGAUUUGGACAACGAAAGGAACAGGAAUGAACGUCUUUAUCACGCUUUCCUACCUCGGUCUCUGGCUUUGACAAUCCAAAAAGAAGAACUUCCAGGAGCGGGCUAUUAUCCUGAAGUGACCGCGUUGUUCUGUGACGUCGUUGGGUUCAUACAGUUGGUUGCUAACUGUAAGCCAAGCGAUGUCCUAGAAGUUCUCAACGCUCUGUAUAGGAAAUUCGACAGACUCACGCAUGUGCACGACACUUUUCGGGUUGAAUCUAUCGGCGAUGCAUACUUUGUUGUUUCGGGAACGCCGGAGUCGCAGACGCACCAUGCUGAAAGAAUUGCCAAUACUGCUUUGGGGAUGCUCAUUCUCGGAAACGAAGUCGCAUCUCCACUGUACGGGGAAAAGAUUCAGCUUCGCAUCGGUAUCCAUACUGGGUCGCUUGUUUGUGGAGUUGUAAAUUCCCGUUUGCCAAGGUUUGUUGUGAUGGGGGAAACAGCGGUGGUGGCAUCCAAGAUGGAGAGUCAUGGAGAGCCGGGCAAGAUCCACAUCAGCCCCACCACUUACAAUGCCAUUUGCGAGAAAGGUUUUAAAAUGGAGCCGAGAGGUCAGACUGACUUACGCGGUUUAGCGGCGAUGGAGACGUACUUCCUGUUGGGAAAUAAGAAAGUCACUAAUGACGCCCUGGUGGGAAGACCAAAAGGAGGACAGGAAGUGACGUUUAUUGACGAGAAAAAUGACGUCAAAAGAAAAGAUGACAUGGGUUUGAAUCUCUCUGGAACAACUUACAGUGACAUUAUUCCUUUCCCGUACAAAUAA